AUGUCGGAAAACAAGAAGCCUCUUCCUUUCGCCUACAGCUUCGCGGCUGGUGCCGUCGCUGGUGUCUCUGAAAUUUUGGUCAUGUACCCACUAGAUGUCGUCAAGACCAGAAUACAGCUGCAGGUCGGCGGCGCUACCGGUGCAGACGCAUACACCGGCACCCUCGAUUGCUUCCGCAAGAUCAUCAAGAACGAAGGGUUCGGCCGAUUAUACCGUGGUAUCAAUGCUCCCAUUCUCAUGGAAGCUCCCAAGCGUGCUACCAAAUUCGCCGCAAACGACUAUUGGGGUAACUUUUACCGACAGAGCUUUGGGAUUGAGAAGAUGAAUCAGCCUCUUGCCGUUUUGACCGGUGCUUCUGCCGGUGUUAGCGAGUCGUUUGUUGUCGUGCCUUUCGAAUUGAUCAAAAUUCGGUUGCAGGAUCGUGCUUCGGCAGGGAAGUACAAGGGAAUGGUGGAUUGCUUUGUCAAGUUGGUUAGGGCGGAAGGUGUGCUGGCUCUAUACAAUGGAUUGGAGAGCACAAUGUGGAGACAUAUGGUCUGGAACGCUGGAUACUUCGGUAUCAUCUUCCAGGCUAAGGCCCUACUACCGAAGGCCGAGACAAAGCAGGGACAGAUGGGUAACGACAUUAUUGCCGGUGCCCUCGGUGGCACUGCUGGUACCAUCUUGAAUACCCCUUUCGAUGUCGUCAAAUCUCGUAUUCAAAACACCGUCAGAGUCCCCGGCCAGAUCCAAAAAUACAACUGGGCCGUUCCAUCCCUCUUCGUCGUCGCCAGAGAAGAAGGUUUCGCAGCCCUCUACAAGGGUUUCCUACCUAAGGUCCUCCGUCUCGGACCCGGUGGUGGUAUCCUUCUCGUCGUCUACACCAGUGUCGUCGAAUUCCUUCAGAGAACACGCGGUUAA